GGAGAGUGGUGCCGUGCGUGAUAAAAUGAGCUUAGAAGUAAAUAUUGACUCUGAGGUACUUAUAACUCUAGUCCACGAAAGGCCAGUCUUAUGGGAUAAAACUGUAGAUGAAUAUAAAGACAAACGAUUGACUUUGGAAAGUUGGAAGGAAGUAUGCAGGCAAAUGAAAGAAGAUUUUGACUCUCUACCAGAUAAAGAUAGAAACGACAUUGGGAAAAUGGUAAUGAAAAAAUGGGCAAACAUAAGAGACAAUUGGAUGAAAUGCCAUAAAAAACUAAACGAGGAGAAAAAAUCUGGUGCUGGGGCGAAGAAAGUACGCAAAUAUUUGUUUUACGAAGAGCUACGAUUCCUUCAAAAAAUUGCAGAUCACCGAGUGACUUUUCAAAUAUUUCCGAAAAUGAUGACCAGUCUAAUACCGAAGCUUUCAAUGCCCAAACUGAUGCUGCCAUUGCGAUAGCCGAAACGCAAAAUCUGCCACGAGCAGAAAAAAAUAUUUGCACAAAAAAAAUCCAAAAGCAAAGUAGGCUCUAAUGAUCUAGACGAGAAAAUGAGGAAGGUUAUCGAUGCUUCACUGGAACAGAACCAAACCCGAAUUAUGUCUUUUUUUCGGGGUAUUGCCCCAACAGUAGAAACAUUUUCUGAUGAAGAUAUCGUCACAUUUCAGUAUGAAGUGAUGAAAAUAAUUAAAAAUAUUACAUGCAAAAAACAAAGUAGUCAACAUUUUACACAACAAUCCGAAAGUUUGUUCCAUGAAUUACAUUCACCGCGUUAUGAAUUGCAAACCACAGCAGGUCCAUCAUCAACAACAGCCUCAUGGAGAAAUUCAGAUCAGUAUAAUCAAAGUUACUCUUCAACACACAAUUCGCAACAGACAACGAACAUCAAUAAUUCUUCGGUCUGUGAACAGAUGUAUUCACAGACCUAUACUAGCCCACAAUCUAGUUGUUCCAAUGAUACAGUUUAUGAUUUUGCUACUUAAUAUGGUUUUCCGUUACAGGUUUUUUUAAUUAGCUCAAUGUUAAUUUGUGUUAUUACCUGUAUUGGUAUCUUCAUGUGUCAAAUGAUUCCUUAGAAUCCUUAAUAAUUUAUCAAAC